AUGGGCUCUCUGACAUUAAAGACUCAGUUUGGUCAAGCAAAAAUUCUGGAGCGUGCCUUGGAUGAAGCUAGUUUUUCUGUUGCAAAAAGAGGUGCAGGAGGAAGGAGAGGAGGAGAAAGAAAGAAGGCAGUCUCCAAAUCGAGCAAAGCUGGGCUGCAAUUCCCUGUAGGUCGUAUUGCUAGGUUAAUGAAGAAAGGUCGUUAUGCCCAACGUCUCGGUACUGGUUCUCCUAUUUACAUGGCUGCUGUUCUUGAAUAUCUCGCUGCUGAGGUGCUGGAAUUGGCCGGAAAUGCAGCAAGAGACAACAAGAAGAACAGAAUCAACCCAAGACAUUUGUUGUUGGCUAUAAGGAACGACGAGGAACUGGGAAAACUGUUGCAAGGAGUUACAAUCGCAAGCGGCGGUGUGUUGCCAAACAUUAGCCCAGUUCUUUUACCUAGGAAAACUGCAGCCAGUGAGAAAUCUUCCGGAUCUGCGGCCAAAUCUCCUAAAAAGGCUUAA